AUGUGCCCUAAGAUUGGAUGGCAAGCCUGCCUUCGAUGGCACUUGCUCGUAUUCGCAUGUGCUCCGCACAUCCAGGCGCACAGCCAUGUCGAGUUCCAUGGAUCGAUUGCUCCGCUCGGCUCCGAUAGCUCCGGAGUGACCUCUGAUGCUGUCCCGCACCCUUAUCACAGGUACACAGCCGAAAGCCUCAUGCGGCGAGGAGGAACUAUAGAUGCUAUCAGGCUCUGCAAGCUUGCUGUCAUGGCAGCCGUUCUGGGAUCACUUGCGGCUAUUUGCAUCCCUGGUCAGAAGCGCAUCUUCUCCAAGUCGCCCAAGGAGAAGCCUUCGGCAUCGGCGUACCCCUGGCAAGAGCUGCCGCCCGCUGAGGCGGUGGCUGCCGCCGGCGCCACCUUUUCAGACUCGGUCGGGGCGAUGAGGAAGGCUUUGCUGGCGCGGAAGAUGCAGCCGAAGAGUCGUGGCUCCGUGCUGAUUGGCGGUGGUGAGCAAGCCAGUGAGGCACUGAUAGUGCAGCGGGUGCAGGGUGCCAGGCGCCCUUUUGCAGCGCAGCUGCGAAAGAUCGGCAUGCAGGACCUGGCGCCGGUGACUCUGCAGAAAGCCUCGGAGUUGCGCAAGGCCCUGGGCAGCAGCAGCAGGUCCGGCGACUUUGCGGGCACCUGGCUCCUGAAGCACACGCUUGCAGCCGGGGAUGUAGAUGGCGUCACUUGCUUCAAGGGGGCUGAUGAGUUGCUGGAAUUCUGGGAGUCGAUGCCGAAGUCAACCCGCUGCAGUUACUUUGCGCAAGCGGAUAUUCAGCAUCCUCUGGUCUCCAACGGGUUCCACAUCAAGGCGCAAGCCUUUGUGCUGGUUUUGGAUACCGGGCGGUGGUUUCUCCAUCGCGAGCAGCUGGUGUUGAACACCACCCCGUAUGAUGCAGCAAACCCUAGGCAGAAGCCCCGAGUAUCUGCAGCACGUGGUACAGCAUCCGCCCAUUAUGUUGAGGUGUGGCCGCGCUUGCAGAAAGCCUUGUCCACAGCCGCGCAGCACAAAUCUUUCGGCCGAAGAUGGCUCGGCGAGAAGCAGCCAGGCAUGGGCUACCAGCUCUUCGUGGUCGACAUGGCCAUUGAUCAGGAUAAGAAGCCUUGGCUGUUGGACAUGUUCCCAAUGCCAGAGGUGCCGUGCAAGGCGUCUGCCAGCUCCGUGUGGGAGGAGGUCAUGGAGGACACCUGCGAGCUUCUGGUGACUCCGCUGCUGUGGCAGCUGCGGCCUCGUGCCGAGGUUGGCAAGGCACCAGACUCUGGCAAAACUGGACUCGGGUCGGAGACGUCUGGCUUCGUGGAGAUCUCUGAGCCGCAUUGA